AUGGCAGAGCUGGCUGAUGAUGAAGCUAGCAAUGGCGUUCUCCAAAAGAUUGCCACCUACUUUGAUUCCGUCAUUGAAGAGCAAAACUUUGGACGGUGGGUCAACUCCUUUGAACGGCCCCUUUUGAACAAGGUCUUGGAAAGCCUGGUGAUGAGCCCUGCCACCUCAGAAAGCAAGCCGACCCUGUCCGUGAUCCCGAACACUUCCCUGAAAGAAUUUUGGCUUCCGCUUUCCAGCUUCGAUGUGUCCGCGCGCAGCAAGACUGGAUACUAUCCCCAAAACGUUCAGCUGGCAGCACAUGUCCGAGAGUUUUUGAAGGACGGCUACCGCGUUGGGGCCGAAGCGGUGGAGGUGAAGUUUCAUGUGUCGGACGGGUCGCGUCGAAUUUUGGAGUCAAGCGUCGGAAUAUCUGACGGGUUUGCCAAAGUGUUGUUGAUGUGUGGGAUCACCCUCAUUUGCCACCAGCUGGAACUGACCCCAGAGCAACUCGCGCUCCCUGGUGUGAAGAAGGUGUUGGACAGCUUCCGUAUGCAGCAUGUGACUUCGCAGAAACAGGCUCCGUCCCCCAUUGAUCUUUUGGGGGCAAUGCAACAGGCUGUCAACAUCGAGCGCCGCCGAACGCGGGGUGGGGCAAGCACAGCGUUGAGAGAUGUGCUAGCCAAAUGUGUGGGUGACUAUAACCGCAUGGUUACCAAGAAGUCCCAUAGGGUGGAUACCAACACCAAGAACUUGUGCUUGAACAUGCUUCGCACCAAUGAGAAGAUCCAGAAUCUAGUUCACGGUCACUACGACUUGUACCCGCACACCGUUUCAGCCUUGCCGAUCGAUGUGCUGCAGCAAGAUUGGUGGGUGCCUGGCUCCACUAGCCGUGCCGACAGUCCGCGAUACCAGGGGAAAAACUUGUUCAAAGAAAUCCUGACAAUUACCAUGGAUUCCUGUGAGCUGUGGAUGACCCGAGCCACGGAGGACUUCAAGCGUCGAGUUGGUCCAGAUGCAUCAACCAAAGCCAAGAAGAAUGCUCAGCUUGGAGAAGAAGACCAGCUCCUCCUCCACGAUUGCGUGUGCUUGUGGCUCUGGUUACUUCCCAAGCUGGAGAACGAGUUCCCCAAACCAGUGGUUGAUAAGCACUAUCAACUCUUUCUGCGUGGGUCCUUGGACUCGGAUCUCUCUGGGGUGAUGCGAGCGGCACAGCCCUUCGAGUGGGAGCGCAUCCCAUUUGUGCUUGAGGUCAAAGGGGAGUGUGUGGAUGACUUCAUAACCCAAGCCCAAGACAGAACCCGCAACGCACAAUCGAAGAGCUUGCAAGCGGCUUGGUUGGUCUGGCGGGAGAUGCUCCAAGCCGACCAGAUCACCUUCGAAAGUGAGAAGAUCUCGAUGCAUGUUUGCAUGAUUUGGGGUUUACAAAAUAAAUUCGCAAAUCUUCAGGCGAUGCACAACAAAGCGUGGGAUUUGGUCUCGUCCUACAUGGACCAGAAUCUGAAAGCUUUCGCGGGGCGGGCCAUCGAAGCGGAAUCAACUCUGUUACCGCAGGUCACUGGGUGGAUCCAUGACACACUGAAUGACUUGCCAGAAAUCAGAAGUGUGGACGAUCAUUGCAUCGUAGUAUGGUCCAAUUUGACGACCGUUGGCGUGAUGCCAGCAGCCAAACUGGAUUUUUUCCUCACGGCGAUUUCAAACAUCCUCGCCUCCCACAAGAGGAAUGCACUGGCCAUUUUGAUUCAUCCGAACCGAGCAUCCGACACUGGGAAAUCGGGGGAGAAGAAGGAGAAAAUGGAGAAAGAAGAGGACGAUGAUUUUGUCCUCAAAGGGGAAAAGGAGGAAGAUGCUGAGGAUGGUGACUCUGAUGGCCUGUCGGAGGAGAACGAGAAGGACAACCCUGAAGAAUCGGACAUUCGGGACAUCAAACACAAGUUGGAGAAAGCAUUGUCAGCGAAGUCGCGGAACCUAUGGGUGAAGAACCUCACCUGGGCAUUUGACAAGGCUACCGUGUACGGAAAAAGAGAUGCUUGCAUUCAUGGUUUGGCCAUUGUCCAUCGGGACAAAGCUAACCUUUUCCGGAAUGCUGCCGCCUGGAAACAUGCCCUUGUACGUGACUGUGUCAUGCUUCCGCGUUCACAGAUGUACAAACCAGAGGCCCAGGCAAACACUCCGCAUCUGGGACGAGCCUUCACAGAUGCUCAGGAGCUGCGUCAAGUUGCAGGCGGAACAGACUUUAUAAGGAGAACUUUGUCUUCGUUCUGGCCCGAGACAGUGUCUACCUGCAUUCUCAUCGAUCUCCACACCUAUGACUGCUUUCCGGCACUUGCAGCCCUUGAGGAGUCUUCAGAGAACCGCAGGGUCCUUUGCGCCAACAUUCUCCUCGACCGAUCGCCUGAAUCCACAGUCCAAAGGAUUUCCAACGCAAUCUACAACUCGUGCAGGGCUGGUGAUUUGAAGCUGGUGGGAUUCCCAAAUUUCGACCCGGUGAUCAGUGCACUUCAAACGAUGAAACCCGAGGAUUCUGGGAAGGAGUAUGAGGUGACCAUCAAAAAGCAUGACCGUCUGGUGGUGCUGCAAAGCUUUGCAGCCAAGUGGAUGGACACGGAGUUCAAAGACCAGACGAUCACAGAGCUUGAGAAUCACAACCAAAGGUACAACCCUGGUGGAGAAUAUUGGCAUGAGACGGAAAGGGCUCCAAGCGACGAGGAGAGCAGCCGUCCUCACAAGCGGAUCAAGUUGGAUGAUUCCGAGCUUGGCAAGGAAGCCGACGUGGUGAAUCUCACCAAGCCGUACUCCUUCUCUAUCAACAACAUUGCUGAGAUGGUGUGUGGCCAGGACGGUGUGCCGCUGUAUUUGGUCUCACGUGGCAAAAAUCAGUUUCUCACCCACCGUGAGUUGUUUAGCUUUGGAUCAGGUGACUGGAGGAUGUCACAGGACGCGGAGGAGCUGAUGCAGGACAGCAACGGCCGCUGGUUCAGCUUUUGCAUUGACCACCAAACUGUUAUGAUUUUGGAGAAGAAAGGGUUGCCGAGUCACCUGGGCAAUUUGCCUUGCGUGGACUCACCGACCUACUUAUCCGCCAUCAUCCGAGAGUUGGAAGAUGCAGGGGAGGUCAAGCUGGCGGUGACACACCACGUGCUGUCCUCUGACAAAGUCUCGCAGGAGAAGCCCUUGGUCUUCUUGAUGGAUCCUCCGAAGGACCCAAAGGAGGACCGUGAGGAGGGUGGCAAGCCGAAGAGGAAGAAGCAGAAGAAGGAGAAGGGUGCGGGGACCAUGACCAACAAGAAUUUUGGCUCGGUGGUUGACAUCGCAAAGCUGAAGAAGGCCAACCGACUUCUCAUUGGCUGGAGGAUCAGGUUGGACUGCAACAACUCUUCCGGAUUGAAAACCAUAGUGCCGAUUCGUCCGGUUGCCUGCGUCACUGGAGUUCUCGACCUUGGAGAAACUGUGAUCAAGAUCUAUUGA